AUGCUCUUCCUUCUUGUCACGCCUUGGGCAGAAUAUGCCUCACAAGGCGUGUCGCAGAAGCCGCAGAAGGACUCGGACGGGCUCAGAGAUCCCCAGAACUCGAAGCAUUGUUUCAAUACUGCAUAUAUUUCAUUCCGUAAAACGAACGUCGGCGCCUUGCGAGCACCGGAAAGUGGCGAGAAAAACACCCACGAAGCACCUCUACUACCUCCUUCCAAUACGCAGAAUGCCACUCGACCUCCAUGGACGACAAUUUCCCCUUCAUCUUCGAUCGAGUUCGAGAGGCUCCGAGUUCAAGUUCGACGGGCGCAGCGCCCAACGUCCCCAGGCAUCGAUAGGCAGAGCGUAACCCCACCUGCCUAA